AUGUCUAGCAGGAUCAAACGUGUCCAGCAGGUCCAGCAUGUCCAGCAGGUCCAGCAGGCUCAACAGGCUCAGCAGGUUAAGCAGGUUUGGGAAAAUAUAUGCGCUCUGUCGCAAAACGUAAAACACAAAACGCGUAUAUCCUCAUCAAACCUCGUUUUCUUACAUUCUUUCGCAAAAUGCGCAACAAGCGAUACGCAAUAUGCAAAACGCAAAACUACUACUCGACUGGCCUCCUCCAGUGGCUUGAAAUCUCUUAGAAGCUCCCAGUGCCACCCUCUGGCUAGAUCUCAGGUGUCUGGGCACCAGACUUACGACUACCUAAAUAACUAA